AUGGCUUCCGACGCCGCCGCCGAGCCCUCCUCCGGCGUCACCCACCCCCCUCGCUACGCCAUCGCUUACGCGCUCGCGCCGAAGAAGCAGCAGAGCUUCAUCCAGCCAUCGCUGGUGGCCCAGGCGGCGGCACGGGGCAUGGACCUCGUCCCCGUGGAUGCGUCGCGGCCCCUGGCGGAGCAAGGCCCCUUCCACCUCCUCAUCCACAAGCUCUACGGGGACGACUGGCGCGCCCAGCUCGUGGCCUUCGCCGCGCGCCACCCGGCCGUCCCCGUCGUCGACCCGCCCCACGCCAUUGACCGCCUCCACAACCGCAUCUCCAUGCUCCAGGUCGUCUCCGAGCUCGACCACGCCGCCGACCAGGACGGCACCUUCGGCAUCCCCAGCCAGGUCGUCGUCUACGACGCCGCCGCGCUCGCCGACUCCGGGCUUCUUGCCGCGCUCCGCUUCCCGCUCAUCGCCAAGCCCCUCGUCGCCGACGGCACCGCCAAGUCGCACAAGAUGUCGCUCGUCUACCACCGCGAGGGCCUCGCCAAGCUCCGCCCGCCGCUCGUGCUCCAGGAGUUCGUCAACCACGGCGGCGUCAUCUUCAAGGUCUACGUCGUCGGCGGCCACGUCACUUGCGUCAAGCGCCGCAGCCUGCCCGACGUGUCCCCCGAGGACGACGCAUCCGCUCAGGGAUCCGUCUCCUUCUCCCAGGUCUCCAACCUCCCCACUGAGCGCACGGCUGAGGAGUACUACGGCGAAAAGAGUCUCGAGGACGCCGUCAUGCCGCCCGCCGCAUUCAUCAACCAGAUCGCCGGCGGCCUCCGCCGCGCGCUGGGCCUGCAACUCUUCAACUUCGACAUGAUCCGGGACGUCCGCGCCGGCGACCGCUAUCUCGUCAUUGACAUCAACUACUUCCCGGGCUACGCCAAGAUGCCAGGAUACGAGACUGUCCUCACCGAUUUCUUCUGGGAGAUGGUCCAGAAGGACGGCCUGGACAACCAACAGGAGGACAAAGGGGUCAACCAUGUUACCGUGAAAUAA